AUGGAGAUAUCUUUUCACAUUGCGUUGUACAGCGGCGAUUCAUAUACAGCAACAGGCUUCAGCCUCUCUCAACAAUCACAGCCUUCCCCAGGCAAUCCUUUCGGUAACCCGAUAUAUCCAGGAGCCCGACAAUCCGGCGGCAACAUCUACCUUGACAUAGUCUCCUCUAACGUCCUCCGCAACCAAACCCCAAUCUACAAUUCCGCGGUCGGCGCCAACCCGGUAAACUACAGCCGAGCUCAAUUCUCCCAACAAUACAUCGUCCAAGGCCCCGUCAAAGACUUCCGCGACCAACAAGCACAAUUCGAAAUCCUGAAUCGAAAUAAAAGUUCUCUAGGAUGGAAUUCCACGAACAGUCUAUUCAUCAGCUUUUUCGGCAUUAAUGAUGUCGCUGUGCAGAUUUACUCUGGAAGGAAUAGUGCGAGUGUUUAUGAACCGAUUUUGAGGGCGGAUGUGGCGGAUUAUUGGGGACUGGUUGAGAGGCAGUAUCGUUUGGGUGCGAGGAGGUUUCUGACUGUUUUAGUGCCUCCCAUCAACCGCGCCCCCGUCUUCGACUACGGCAACUCCAGCAACGCAGCUGACGUUGCCCGAGCUAUCUCUUAUUGGAACUCACAAAUGAUCGCAGGCAAUCAGACUUUCGCUCAGAGGUUCCCGGCCGCCCGAUCACGAAUUUUCGAUCACACGUCGACGUUCAAUCAGUACUUGGAUAAUCCGAGGACUUUUGGGGUGCCGAAUGCGACUUGUUUCAGCUCACCAGAUGGACAGCCAUGUCUAUGGAGAGACUUCAUUCAUCCUGGAAUCAGAAUUCAGAGGGCGUUGGGACUGGCGAUUGGGAGGAUUGUCGCGGCAUUUUGA